AUGCCUCCCCAACUCGCCCUCCUCGCCCUCGGCAGCCUCGCCACCUACCUCCUAUGGAUCAUCUUCUAUCGCCUCUUCCUGCACCCCCUCGCCAAAAUCCCCGGCCCCACUCUCCCCAAAAUCACCACCCUCUACGAAAUGUACUUCGAAGUCUGGCAACACGGCCGGUACCCCUUCAAAAUCAAAGACCUGCACGAGCAAUACGGCCCCGUCAUUCGCCCCGUCCCGGAUGAAGUCCACAUCAACGAUCCGGAUUUCUUGGACACGAUCUAUGCGUUGAGGAAUCGCAAUAAUCCUACGGUGAGGGGACUGCUGGUCGAUCAGAGUGUUGGGGGCGCGGAGGAUUUUCAUGUGCAUAAGAUGAGGAGGGAGGCGUUGAAUCCUUAUUUUAGCCAUAAGGCGGUCAUGGGGAUGGAGGAACUCAUCCUGUCGAAGAGCGACAAGGUGACGAGGAUUUUCGAGCAGGCGGCGCAGAGCGGCGAAGCCUUGAAUCUCUCGGAUGUGUACUUUGGCUUCUCGAAUGAUCUGGUCCGGAAUUUCUCGUUUGGCUCCGACAGUAACCUUCUGGAUGACCUGGCGGAGGCGUGGGUGCAGAGGGAGAAUCUGAUGAGGUUGUUGACGGGCGUGAAGAUCAAUAAGCAUUUCCCGUUCAUUCCGAGGAUUUUGGGCAAGUUCUUGCCGAUGGUGUUGGGGGAGAGGGGGAUUCCGCCGGCGGUGAUGGAUCUUCUCAAGUUCAAGGGGCGGGCGAAGGUCGAUAUCGAGGCGGUGAUGGCGGAUACGAAUAAUGAUAAGAAAGGACGACAUUCGAUUUUCUAUGAGUUGAGGGAUUCGCCUAUCCUGCCGCCGGAGGAGAAGACGGUUGCGAGGCUCCAGGACGAGGCCACCUUGAUCGUGAUGGCGGGCACGGAAUCGCUCGCCAAAUCCAUCGGCUAUGGCUCGUACUACCUCCAGCGCUACCCAGCAACGCUCUCCAAACUCCGCGCCGAACUCCAACAAGCUCGCGCAGAAUCCGACGACGGGGAGUUAUCGCUGACGACGCUCCUCACGCUCCCCUACCUCAACGCCGUCAUCAACGAAACCAACCGCCUCACCUUCGGCGUCACGAAUCGUCUCGCCAGAUACUCCCCCACGGAGACAUUAUCCUACACGGCCUCCUACGGCCCCCACAAAGGCACCACAUACACCUUCCCCCCGGGCACCCGAAUGGGCUGUCUCACGUACUGCACGCACACGAACGAGGAGCUCUUCCCGGACCCGUUCGUCUUCGACCCGGAGCGGUUCGUGGGGCAGAGCGAGGAGGUCCACAAGCGGAAGCGGUGUAUGAUGGCUUUGGGCAAGGGCCAUCGACGGUGUCUGGGGAUCAACGUGGCGAAUUCGGGCAUGUGCUUGGUUUUGGCGGCGUUGGCUGGGUUUGAGAUGGAGUUGUGGGAGACGGGGUAUGAGGAUGUGGCGUUUUUGCAUGAUUAUCAGAUUGCGCAUCCGAGGUUGGAUACCAAGGGGAUUAGGGUGAAGGUGAAGGGGAGGAGGGAGUGA